AUGAAUGAAGAACACGACAACCCGAACUCCGAGUCAUCAUACCGUCCUUCCAGUCCAGAUUUAUCAGGCUUCACCUUCGCAAACGCCCCACUGCCCAGACUAACCCGAAUUCCAAGCUACCACGCACCAGACUCCAAUUUCCCUUCGGGUCAUUCGUUCACUCCUCGAGGUAGCUACGACGCCUCGCCGUUUUUCUCCCCUUCGACAGCGACAUCCACCGCUCCUUCGGCGUCGUAUUUUGGCUCUCGCCCUCAAUCACAAAGCGCCCAAGUCAGUUUCCCCCCUCAGACUUUCCGCACUCCGAGCUUUCCAGGCCAGCCUCCUACCCAAUAUCUUUCAGAGGGUUCGUUUCAACAACAUUUCGCUCAACCAUAUAGUAGUCCGCCAGUGACUCACUACUCUCAGUCUGCGUUUGGUCCCCAUUUGGGCACAGGCCAGAGCCAGCCACCGCAGCCGUCUCUGCCCGUCUAUCCUUACGCAGACAUGCCUCCUCGCACGCGGCAACAGAAAGCCGCUGAGGCACUGGAACAAGACUACGGUCUCAACGCAGCAACAAGAAAUGUCAUCCAACCUAAGGUAGAGCAACCCCAACCUGUACAACCCGUCAUGCCCAUCGCCACGGCAGACCCUUCUUUUGGAAUCGAUGUGAGAACGAAAUUUCCCGUUGCACGAAUCAAGCGCAUCAUGCAAGCAGACGAAGAUGUAGGCAAGGUUGCCCAAGCAACUCCCACGGCAGUUUCCAAAGCGUUGGAGCUUUUCAUGAUCACUUUAGUCUCCAAGGGUGCGGCAGAGGCAAGAGCAAACAACUCAAAACGAGUCACAGCACAGCAUCUCAAGGCCGCACUGAUGAAGGAUGGGCAGUUCGACUUUUUAAACGACAUUUGUGAGGCUAUCCCUGACGAAGGCUCCAAGAAAGGCAGGGCCAAGUCGGAGGCCAAGAGUGAAGAUAGUGAAGAAGAUAUCAGGCCCAAAGGCAAAGGGAAAGGGGGGAAGAAGAGGAAAGCGGAAACUGACGAUGAAAGUGACUGA